AUGGAAUUUGAGAAUUUGGUUCAACGUUAUCGUGAUACUCUCAGUUCACAUAUUUUUACAAUCUGUCAAAGAAAACGCGUUAAAAGAAGCGAAGAUAAUAAAGAAAAUGAAGAAUAUAGGGAAAAUGAAGAUUUGUACCUUCAAACCAUAGAUCCUGAAGCAGAACCUUUAUCUUGGGGUUGGGUAUGUGCUAGAGUUGCAGAGAUGCUUAUACAUACACCACAUGGGCUAACCGAACCCGUUAUCCUAAAUCAGUUGCUCUCUGAGUGGCAAGAAGCGAGUGUAUCCUACCGAAAGGGUGUACCUAAAAGUUUUUCUCCCCUUGGUACCGUGUCUCCUCGACUUAACACAAAGAUUCGGGAUUAUGAAUUAAUUGUCAGAAAUAUUCAACAUGUCAAUUUAGAAAAAUCAAUUCAUAUCCUAUUCAUGCGAAUAAUUUAUCACGAUAAUAGAUCAACAGCUGAAAUGUUUGUUCCUCCCAGAUUUUGUCGAUUUAUAAAUGAAGGAUAUUAUCCAAAGUUAUUUGACAAAAAAUGUCGCCAUAUCCGAUUUAAUCGCGCGUCUUUGUCAAAAACAGCAUCCAAUUUAACUUUUUUACAUACUUCAAAUAUUGUAAUAAUGUUAACCCCCUUCGAAGAAACUUUAAUUGAUACAUUAUUUACUGAUUCAAUUGCCAAUGUUUCAUCAACUGAUAUUAAGAAUGGAAGGGGAUAUCAGUUUUGGACAAGGGUGAUGUAUGUUGGAACUAAAGAGCCUGCAGAAUUGCCCGGUUUUUGUAAUAAAGUAUGUGUUUACGUGCGUGACAUGUCGAGUUCACAAUGUGCAACCUUAGUUUUAUUGGACGAUAAAAUACGCAUGACUACAUUAUUCAAAACGGGAGAUUUUUUGGGAAUACAUUGGCCGUAUAUUGGUACUGAAGACAAAAACCAUGAUGGAUUAAUUCUUCAUUAUGGUGAUUUAACGGUUUUGUUUUGUCUACCAAUGAGUGAACUUUGUAAGGAGGGAAAUUCGAGAUCCAAACAUUUCACAAAGCAUAAACUUAAUUACAAAGAUAAUUCGUAUAUGAUCGAUUAUAAAUUCCAUUAUGAUCGUUUUUUCAUUAAAACUUUACCUACACGAGGUCUAAAUAUAACUCUUUAUGGUAAGGUUGAUGAAAUUUUGGAUAAUCCCCCAUUAAUUUUGAACAAUGGCAAAAAAAUAGAUCGAUAUGUUAUAAAGUUUAGUGACAAAACUGGAAGCCAACAGAUAACACUUUGGGGAAAAGUUGGGCGUGAAAUAGCCGAAUACCAUGUUGGCCAAUAUAUUGUUUUGGAAGGAUUACAUACGUGGAAAAAAAGUAAUGGACAAUUUGAUAUUAACGGUGACGCUUCAAGUGGUGCCAUGGUGUACAAUGUUAGCAUGGCUAAAGGGUGGUUGGCUGUUUCGUCGCUACACAGUUAUGCUCUCUCAUUAUCAACUAUAUUUAGUAAACAAAAUGUAUAUCAAUUUAUUUGUCGAUGUCUGAUUAUUGGUUGUGAGACAAAUGAUGAUUCGUUUGAUAUAAAUUGGCGUUUGGAUGAUGGCACGGGUGUUAUUUGGGCCAAGGCAGUGGGCACUGUGUCGCAA